CCAACUUACUUUCUUGUGCUGCAAAGAGUUGACAGGUGAUGCAUGGAUCCAUCUCGCAAGCAUGCCUAGCUUGACGACCAUCAUCCUUGACUACUCGUACGCGGGUGUUAGCUACGAUGUAGAUAACUCAACAGCAUGGCCAAGAAACCCAUUUCCAAGCAUCAAGUACGUCCACAUUGAAAACAUUGACAUGGGCGAAGCUGCAAGUCUCUUGUCAAAAAUGACCUCCGGAUCUCUGGUCAACGUCAGUGUGCGUUCCCCUUAUAAUACUUGCUCGCUCCGAGCAUCGGAAGUCAUUAGUGCCAUUGCUCUUGCGGAGCACGGCACGCACAACCUUGAAAACCUACGCAUCGGUCACACAGACGAAGACGAGUACUCGCCCACCGACUCGUAUGUGAAGCAGGGUGACCUGCUUACCAUUGCAGAUCUGCGGCCUCUGUACAAAUUUUCCAGCCUUAACCACCUUUUCAUCGACGUCGUCUGCAAAAUGAUACUCCACAACCAGGACCUCAUCGAGCUGGCUGAAGCUUUACCAUGUCUCAGGUCCCUCUCUCUCAAUUGCUCAUUUGGUUGGCAGACAAGGCCGGAGAUCACAUUCUAUGGCAUAUUCUGGCUCCUGCACCUCUGCCCUGAACUCGGAAACUUUGGCAUCGUUUUUGACGCCGAAGACCUAAGUUCGUUGGAUGUAGGUCCCGACGCAUCGACGCAGUAUCGCCUUCCGCCACCUUCCCCUCCUCGUGACCACUCGCCCUUGAUGCUCUUUGUCGGAGAUUCUACAAUUGCUGAUCCGUACAAGGUCGCUGACGUGCUUUCCGGUAUCUUCCAUGGACUAGAGGGAGUCUCUACCUCGUCCCGGCAUAAUACGCUGCCGGACGACGUACAAUGGAUCAAAAAUAGGCGAUGGCACUCGAGGCGAUGGCAGAAAGUGGAAAGUUUACUCAAGAUGCGUAACUAUCAAAAGUUCAAGAACUUCAAAAGCCGCGCUCAAAGGGCCAAGAAGGAUACAAAAUCGAGGUACAGUUUGGAAGAAGGAGCAUACAAGCACUUGGCUGCCUAUGAUGAUACAUCGGACGGGUCUUCGACUUCUGAUGAGGAUGAUCUUGAAGAUGAUCCGGACCCCUGGAGCGAGGACGAGGACGGAUCGGACUUUGUCACGGACGAUUCUAGCUCCGAGUCUGAUGGAGACUUGGGGAGCUACGAUAGCUCGGCGGACAACGGUUCGGGCAGCGAUGGUCAGAUCCACGUGUAUAUGAAAGGUAAAGGCUCGGACGACGAAGAUUCGGAUUGCGAAGAUUCGGAUUAUGAAGAAUCAGACGACGAAGACUCAGACGACGAAGACUCAGACGACGAAGACUCGGGCGACGAAGACACAGGCGACCAGAUCACGAGCGAGGAGACUUGA